AUGGCCCACCUCCAAGGACGAAAAGUCUUCAAGGUCUUCAACCAAGACUUUGUCGUCGAUGAACGCUAUACUGUCACAAAGGAGCUGGGACAGGGUGCAUAUGGUAUUGUCUGUGCCGCGGUAAAUGGUCAGACGAACGAAGGCGUUGCCAUCAAGAAAGUCACCAAUGUAUUCAGCAAAAAGAUUCUCGCCAAGCGCGCCUUGCGUGAGAUCAAGCUGCUGCAGCAUUUCCGGGGCCACCGCAAUAUCACUUGCCUGUAUGAUAUGGACAUCCCUAGACCAGACGCCUUUAACGAGACGUAUCUUUACGAAGAAUUGAUGGAAUGCGACUUGGCCGCCAUCAUCAGGUCUGGCCAGCCUUUGACCGAUGCUCAUUUCCAGUCGUUUAUUUACCAGAUUCUUUGCGGCCUCAAGUACAUUCACUCAGCCAAUGUACUGCACCGUGAUCUGAAGCCGGGCAACUUGCUAGUCAACGCAGACUGCGAGCUGAAGAUUUGCGACUUUGGUCUCGCCCGCGGCUUCUCCGUUGAUCCCGAGGAGAAUGCUGGGUACAUGACGGAAUACGUGGCCACGAGAUGGUACCGAGCCCCAGAAAUCAUGCUCAGCUUUCAAAGCUACACCAAAGCCAUUGAUGUGUGGUCUGUCGGAUGUAUUCUGGCAGAGCUUCUCGGCGGGCGGCCCUUCUUCAAGGGUCGAGACUACGUCGACCAGCUGAACCAGAUCCUGCACAUUCUCGGCACCCCCAACGAAGAGACCCUGUCGCGGAUCGGUUCGCCGCGCGCCCAGGAAUACGUGCGCAACCUGCCCUUCAUGCCCAAGAAGUCCUUCCCCAGCCUCUUUCCCCAGGCCAACCCGGACGCCCUGGACCUCUUGGACAAGAUGCUUGCGUUUGAUCCCUCGUCGCGCAUCAGCGUGGAGCAAGCUCUCGAGCACCCGUACCUGCACAUCUGGCACGACGCGUCGGACGAGCCCGACUGCCCGACCACGUUCAACUUUGACUUUGAGGUGAUUGACGACGUGGGUGAGAUGCGGCGGGUCAUUCUCGACGAGGUGAUGCGCUUCCGGCAGAUGGUCCGGACCGUCCCCGGCUCGGGCGCCCUGUCCGGUCAAGGCCAGCAAGGUGCCCCCGCGCAGGUCCCCAUGCCCCAGGCCGGCGGGCAAUGGACGGCCGAAGACCCGCGGCCGCAGGAGUAUGUCGCCCAGGGCAAUGGUCUCGAGCAGGACCUGCAGGCUGGUCUGGACGUUUCCAGGAGAUGA